AGGAGCCAAUACAAAUAUGUACGAUUUCUAUUCCACGAAUUUCGCCGCGUAUCAGCCGCCAUCUUACCCCAACGCGUACGUUUACGGCGGUCCUGACAUGAACGCACCGUGUAACUACCGCUUCUCAAACUAUGGAUACCACACUGGUCCAAGCUAUCAAGCGCAGUACGAGCGUGUCCCGAUCCCAAAUCCAGUCGCGAGUCAUGCCCAUGCACAGAGCAUGAAAAUGGUUGCCGAUAGCACGCCCUCAAAGGGAGAGAUUUUAACGACAACUCUUCGUCAUUUUCCUCCCACUCCGCCGCCUAUUAUGAACUCCAUUAGCGGCUGUAUCGAUGGGCCUUUAAGAAAAACAUGCAACGUGGAUAAACUUCUUGAGGAACUCAGCGAUGAAGGUACAGUGACAAUGAUUGUUUUUAGAUUGAAUACGCAAACUGAAUUAGGAUUAUAGUUUCCUAUAUCUUUUCUAAAUGUUGUUUUAUACUCGACCUUGUGAACUGUUCAUUGUGCACUUAGUUUUGUGCACUUAGUAUUAGCUUUCUAUUUUUCUAUCAAACAAGAGAACAGUGUGGGAUGUCCAUGAAAUGUUUUGUACGCGCGUCUCUCAAGAUUUCCAAAUGUUAUUGUCAACGCGUUAGUUUUGGAUGCAUAAACAACUAUGAAACUGACUUUGCUUCUCUCCUGUAAAUUCCUACUGAAACACUGAUUUAGUGAAUUUAGUUGUAAUUAAAUUUAUUGAAAACACUUUGUUCAUCUUCUUUCUCACAGCUUCUUUAAUUCUUUGUUAUGUCGCCUUUCUCUGGGAAAGACGAAAAGGAUCUUGACUCUGAAUUCAGUAUACUGUUUUAGUUCAAUUUGUUUUAAACUAGUUAAUUCAAAUUUAAUUGCCACUCACUUCACUAUGAUAGAUAAAUAUACCGUCGUUAUAAAUGUGUGUGUGUGUCAGAGCUUACAGCGCUCUCAAAUUCCAACCGAAAAAAGUGACCAAAAUCAGAACGACCAAAUAUAUAAUCUGAUGCAAACAUAGAAGUUGCAAAUUGCAAUGUUUAACAGUGUCCGUGAAACUUAAGUUGCUAAAAUCACUUAAUAUGACUUCAUUACAGUCCNAUUUAUUGAAAACACUUUGUUCAUCUUCUUUCUCACAGCUUCUUUAAUUCUUUGUUAUGUCGCCUUUCUCUGGGAAAGACGAAAAGGAUCUUGACUCUGAAUUCAGUAUACUGUUUUAGUUCAAUUUGUUUCAAACUAGUUAAUUCAAUUUUAAUUGCCACUCACUUCACUAUGAUAGAUAAAUAUACCGUCGUUACAAAUGUGUGUGUCAGAGCUUACAGCACUCUCAAAUUCCAACCGAAAAAAGUGAUCAAAAUUAGAACGACCAAAUAUAUAAUCUGAUGCAAACAUAGAAGUUGAAAAUUGCAAUGUUUAACAGUGUCCGUGAAACUUAAGUUGCUAAAAUCACUUAAUAUGACUUCAUUGCAGUCCUAGCCUUUUAAAAGACAGGUUUCUACGUAAUUGACAAUUGCAAGUCAGAGAGUUAAGAGCUUAUCAAGCGCCAAUAUGCCUAGUCGUAUUUCUUUCGCUGAACUUUCACUUCUCAUGUAAAGGAUAUGAAUGGACCCGACUUUUCGAAAAUGCUAUCAUGGGUAUCGCCAUGAAUAAUUGAGACAUUCGAGACAUCUAGGUGCUACAGUACUUGUUCAUGUCUAUGAGAAGUAGGAGCGAUAAUCUGUGACUCGAACUAUAAGGGUAUAAACGCCCAAUUUUAAAAUUCAGAACAGACUUCGAAAUACGGUAGCACCAAUUAUUUGUUCUUUAUUAAAAGAAAAAAGGUGUCCCCAAGUCAGCAAUUAGGAUAGUGCAAAUAGCAAAAAAAAUAUCUAAUUUCUUUUUUUGAACUAUUUUCUGACAAACCGACACGACCGUGCGAAACCAAGUCAGGACUACAUUUUUCAAUUCUUAUAACUCACUGACCUUGUAGUCCGAGCAUAUUUUGGGAUUAUGUACGCGAAGAAGAGAAGACUGUAUUGAGACAUAAUAAAACUUUCAAACAUAUUACACACUUAAAUAACCAUCUCGAUUGUUUUUUGAGCAUGUCGUUUCUUGCCUUCUCUACACGCUUUUAUCACGAGAAUAUGGCUGCGUCCAGUAAGCUCAAUCACGCGCCUUCUUAUUCGUUUGAGUUCAGGUUAACGCUAUGCUCAUAAGAGUUUGCCUUUGCUUUUGUUCGGAUCCCACACUGGUUUUUGUAAUAAAGUAGAUCCCCGAUAAUUCGAACUCCCAGCUAACUCGAACUAAGUCCCAUUUCAUUUCCCUUGCCAAGUUUCACCCCCCUUUUCAAUCUGUUUCAAUCAUUUUUACUCGGAUAACUCGAACUCGUAUAACUCGAAUUCCUCGCUAACUCGAACUAAUUUUCCUUUCCCUUCAUCAAAAUUUAACUCGAAUUCGCUGAUGUCGUUUCCCCUUAAUUGAGUUAGAAUGUUAUAAAAGCAGACAGGAUGAUUGACAACAAUGAGUCCCUCUUGAUCUCAGUCCAAAAGAAUCUGCAAUCAUGGUAGAUCUGCUUUUUAUUGAUAAACAUUUUGCAAAAAAAAUUGAGAUACUCUUCAAGGAGUUGAGAGGGCGUCGGUACAAAAUUUGCAAGACAAAUAUUUCCCUGCAUGGACCAAUAUAUUUUUUGCAAAAUUUCGCCUAAGAAAUUCCUUUUCAUAUUGCAAAGGAUGACCGCUCCUAGGAGGUGAAGUACUUCUAAGUUUUGAGGCUGUGGACGAAAUCCCUCCAUACUACCAUUCUCUUGAGCUCAGCACUUUUAUAUAACUAUUUCUUCACGAUUUUUUCACUGAGAUUAGGAUUUUUCCUAUAUUUUCACUUUGCUUUGUUUUAGAAAGGAAAAGGUCAGGUGCAGUGGAUAAAAGGGUUUGAGAACACAAGCGCAAAUAAGCCAUUCUUGUUUAAAAGUGUGCGAUAUUACAAGGCUAAAAGUGGAUUGCAGUUUAUAAACCUUUUUUUUUCCCCAACGAAUAGGCGUACACAGUAUAGAAUACCAGACGAGUUUUCCAAACCCUUCAUAGUUUUUCGAAAUUUCCUAUUAUUCAAACCAAACGACCUAACUUACCCUCACCAGUCAAACACUGUAAUUUUGCGCUCAUUUUUCACAGCCUUCGAUAAUUCGAACCAUUUUGUUUUUCCUAGAAUGGUUUGAAGUGCCACGGGGAUUCCAUUAAUAUAAGAAGUUUAUAGGGGGUUUGGGUCAAAGCUUGACAGUUUCGCACAAAACGUCCCAAUUUCCACACUGGGGAAACUCCCAAGGCUAAGAAAGCUGUAUGUUUAGAAUACAACUUACUUCGUUUCUGGCAUAGUUUUAUUACAUUUUUUUUGCUUGUAUCUCCUGAAGAAAGUUUCUGGCAAUACUCUAAGAUUAACAUGAUGUAUCACUGAGUUGGAAAAAGGGGCAUUUUAGGGAGUUCAUACUAACGUUUGAAGUCUUGGUUUAAAAUUUCUUUCAUAAGUAAUUCCUGAAUUUUAAAUUUCCUCAGACGAAAAGACAGAAGCAAGCAAAAACAAAUCACGAAAAGAGAGAACGGUUUUCACCAAGUACCAACUUCAUGAGCUUGAAAAAGAGUUUGAAAGAAACAACUACUUGACAAGACUAAGGCGAUACGAAGUGGCGGUAAGCUUAGAUUUAACCGAGAGGCAAGUUAAGGUGUGGUUUCAGAACAGGCGUAUGAAGUGGAAAAGAGUUCGAGGCGGAGUGCCCCCAAGAAAGAUAGGUGUCGUGGAUCACAUGGACUUAGCUGUUUGUUGA